CACAUUAACUGCUGCGUUGCUCCAUCAUGCCCUGCCAUGACGCAGAGAACCCGGAAGACGUGUGUUUGCUGUCAAUGCCAGCGACAGAGGACUGAGAGCUGAAAACCCGCAUUUAAGACAAGAUGGCAGGACUGCCCCGCAGGAUCCUUAAGGAAACUCAACGCCUGAUUGCAGAGCCUGUCCCAGGCAUCCGGGCCGAGCCAGAUGAAGGCAACGCCCGCUACUUUCAUGUGGUCAUCUGUGGACCUCAGGACUCACCUUUUGAGGGGGGCGUUUUUAAACUGGAGCUCUUUUUACCAGAAGAAUAUCCCAUGGCAGCUCCUAAAGUACGCUUCAUGACCAAAAUAUAUCACCCCAAUGUUGACAAGUUGGGGAGAAUCUGUCUAGACAUUUUGAAAGAUAAAUGGUCACCGGCUCUGCAGAUUCGCACAGUGCUGCUAUCAAUCCAGGCAUUACUAAGUGCACCCAACCCUGAUGAUCCCCUCGCAAAUGACGUUGCAGAGAAGUGGAAGUCCAAUGAAGUUGAAGCCAUAGAAACAGCCAAGUCAUGGACCAGACUUUAUGCUGGAAGCAGAAACGAGGUGUAGAGCAGCCCUACAAGUGGAAAUCAAGUGUGAACACAACUCCUCAUGUUCUGCCUCCUCCUACUUCAAUUACAUUUAAAGGACACAGUCUUAAAUAUAUAUAAACAUAUAUAUAUAUAUUAUAAAAUAAACGUGAAUAUAUUGUAAAGGAAAAAAACUCCUGCUGACAAUUGGUGAUUUAAAUGCAUACUAGUAAUGAAAUUACUCGUCUUUGUCCGUACUUACUACUGUUCAAAUGCAUGAGCUGAGAUCUACUCACCUGGCUUUCUUUGUCCAUUGACUUUAGAAAGCUUUCGCCAACUGCUGCUCUGACAAGCAUGUUGAGGGGGGGAAAGGGUGUAUGUGUGGGGGGUGGGUUUUGGGGGCCCUGGAGUAGUGGAAUGGGCGGAGAUUGACUAGAUGUGGUUAACAUUGUAUAAUCUUAACAUUUAUUUUAACUUUAUUUCCUUGUGUUGCUGCUUUUUUUCCAAGCAGCUAACUAGCCCACUGUAUGUUGACCCUCAGCUGGAGGCCAUCCAGAGUUGUGUGCUGUGUAGAUGGCCCAACUGGACACAUAAUCUAUCGUUUGCCGUGCUUCUUCACAUUUGGCUGCAUUGGAAACAAAAUGUUAUGACUAAAACCCAAACUGAGCCUGCUACUGUCACAUUAACUGUUUCAACCACUCUCAAUGUAAACUGUAGGCUUGUUGAUGGCGAGGGAGAGUGAGGAGGGCGGAGAGGACAUUGUGGAUCUUUCCUUAGUUUUAGCACAUAUGUUUUAUUACCAUAUCAAGUCUUUUAUAUGUGAAUCUUUCUUACUAUUGCCAUACUAAGUACUCUGCUUUCUCUCUGUAUGCCCUCUCAGUUUAAUGCUGUAAGACUCAGUGGUUUACUUUGCAUUUAUUUCACAAAGCGGCGGUUACAUUUGAGCUGUUAGUUGUUUGAUGACCUGGUGGUGGACAGGGUGUGGUUGGUGGGUGAGGAGAUGCUGGGCUAUUACGGGAUCAAACUCCAAAACAUCAUGAAGGCUUUCACUCAAUUGUUUUGACUGUUUUUUGGCCUUAAAAGUCUGUAUUUAAUUUUACUGUUUGUAAAUUCAUUCUUUCUAUCAAUCUGGGAAGGAAGUGUUUUCCUGCUCUCAGAAUGCUAUGAAACAGUCCAUCUGUAUACCUUUUAUUUUCUGUAAAUAAAAUCUGUUGAUUAAUAAAUGG